AAUAAAUCCAAUAGGACUUGAGGUGUUUGUUAAAAAUGUUACAGUGUUUUCAAAGCACGGGGCAGAGAUGGGACAUCAAUUGUGCUUGUGACUUUAUUGAUUGCAGUUUAAAAACAACAAUUUCUCCACUGUGCUUGGACUCAGUCGGUUUCUAUUUUGGAGACAACCUCUCCAGCUUUCGAAAAAACUCGUUCGCAUGGGACUGAGGAGGCAGGGGUGCACAAGUCGAACCAUUUCCUCAACCACCGAGGCUUCGAACGUCAUCAAUGACGUCACUCGCCCUAAACAACACAAACGUCGAUACGCGCUCCACCAAAGACUUCCGGGAUUUCUCGACACACGCUCCGAAGCAUCGGCACGAUCCGACCCAUCACUAGUUACUAGCAGAGCCUCUGGAUGUGAAGCUUCAUCGGCCAGAUUAGACUUUGUGCUUCACACUUGUUUUCUGAAUGUUUUGCCUCUGACUCAUCUCCUACAAAGCUAUCGGAGUUAGCUUAGCAUGCUAGCUGUAAACAGACCGCGUUUUUGACGGAGUUCUUGUGGAGAAAACGUUUCUGUCAGUGUGUGGAGAUGUCCAAAGGUGAAAUGCUGAGAGUCUUGGUGAAGCAGCGAAUAACUGCGGCUGCUGAAGAGAUAUUCGGGCUGUUUGAAAGAACGAUAACAGAGUACGAGGAGGAACUGAGUCGGUCAAAAGAGGAGAACAAGCGACAACAGAAACUACUGGACGCUGUUUACAACCCUCAGCUUCGGCUACACAGAGCAGAUGUCCAGCAGCUGUUGGUACAUAAAGAAGAAAUUCCCUCUGAGCAGCAGGACUGGAGCUCCAGUCUGGACCAGAAGGACCCAGAGCCCCCACAAAUUAAAGAGGAACAACAAAAGGAUCUCUGGAUCAAACAGGAGGGAGAGCAGCUUGCAGAGCUGGAGGAGGCUGAUUUCACCAAGUUCUCCUUCACUCCUGUCCCUGCCCCUGAGCCCUCACAGCUUCAUCAAAUUGAACAGAUGAAAACAGAAGCUGAUGGAGAGGACUGUGGAGGACCAGAACCAGCCGGGAACUUGGAUCCAGAUUCACAUUUACAACCAGAUGCUGAAGACAGGUCUGGAGACUCUUCUGAACCUGAGACUGAUGACAGCGGUGAUUGGAUAGAGAGCAGAGAUUCCCAGUCAGGUUUAAAAUCUUUGAAAACUGUUGACAUUCCUAAUAGAACUGAUGAGAAAGCAUUCAGCUGCUCAAUGUGUGAGAAAAGAUUUGCCAAGAAGACACAGCUGACGACACACAUAAGAUGUCAUACUGGAGAGAAACCUUACAGCUGCUCAGUGUGUAGUAAAAGUUUCACUGUAAGCGGAAACCUGGUGAGACACAUGAGAAUCCACACAGGAGAGAAACCUUACAGCUGCUCAGUGUGUAGUAAAGGUUUCACUGUACGUGGAAACCGGGAGAUACACAUGAGAAUCCACACAGGAGAGAAACCUUUCAGCUGCUCAGUGUGUAGUAAAGGUUUCACUGUACGUGGAAACCGGGAGAUACACAUGAGAAUCCACACAGGAGAGAAACCUUUCAGCUGCUCAGUGUGUAGUAAAAGUUUCACUGUAAGCGUAGCCCUGGUGAGACACAUGAGAAUCCACACAGGAGAGAAACCUUACAGCUGCUCAGUGUGUAGUAAAGGUUUCACUGAAAGAGGAAACCUGGAGAAACACAUGAGAAUCCACACAGGAGAGAAACCUUACAGCUGCUCAGUGUGUGGUAAAGGUUUCACUGAAAGAGGAAACCGGGAGAUACACAUGAGAAUCCACACAGGAGAGAAACCCUUCAGCUGCUCAGUGUGUGGUAAAAGUUUUGUGCACAAAUGGAGUCAUAAGAUUCACAUAAGAUGUCAUACUGGAGAGAAACCUUACAGCUGCUCAGUGUGUAGUAAAAGUUUCACUGUAAGCGGAAACCUGGUGAGACACAUGAGAAUCCACACAGGAGAGAAACCUUACAGCUGCUCAGUGUGUGGUAAAGGUUUCACUGUACGUGGAAACCGGGAGAUACACAUGAGAAUCCACACAGGAGAGAAACCUUUCAGCUGCUCAGUGUGUAGUAAAAGUUUCGCUGUAAGCGUAGCCCUGGUGAGACACAUGAGAAUCCACACAGGAGAGAAACCUUACAGCUGCUCGGUGUGUAGUAAAGGUUUCACUGAAAGAGGAAACCUGGAGAAACACAUGAGAAUCCACACAGGAGAGAAACCCUUCAGCUGCUCAGUGUGUGGUAAAGGUUUCACUGAAAGAGGGAACCGGGAGAUACACAUGAGAAUCCACACAGGAGAGAAACCCUUCAGCUGCUCAGUGUGUGGUAAAAGUUUUGUGCACAAAUGUAAUCAUAAGAUUCACAUGAAGACUCAUACAGGACAGAAACCCUUCAGUGAAAUGCUGAGAGUCUUGGUGAAGCAGCGAAUAACUGCGGCUGCUGAAGAGAUAUUCGGGCUGUUUGAAAGAACGAUAACAGAGUACGAGGAGGAACUGAGUCGGUCAAAAGAGGAGAACAAGCGACAACAGAAACUACUGGACGCUGUUUACAACCCUCAGCUUCGGCUACACAGAGCAGAUGUCCAGCAGCUGUUGGUACAUAAAGAAGAAAUUCCCUCUGAGCAGCAGGACUGGAGCUCCAGUCUGGACCAGAAGGACCCAGAGCCCCCACAAAUUAAAGAGGAACAACAAAAGGAUCUCUGGAUCAAACAGGAGGGAGAGCAGCUUGCAGAGCUGGAGGAGGCUGAUUUCACCAAGUUCUCCUUCACUCCUGUCCCUGCCCCUGAGCCCUCACAGCUUCAUCAAAUUGAACAGAUGAAAACAGAAGCUGAUGGAGAGGACUGUGGAGGACCAGAACAAGCCGGGAACUUGGAUCCAGAUUCACAUUUACAACCAGAUGCUGAAGACAGGUCUGGAGACUCUUCUGAACCUGAGACUGAUGACAGCGGUGAUUGGAUAGAGAGCAGAGAUUCCCAGUCAGGUUUAAAAUCUUUGAAAACUGUUGACAUUCCUAAUAGAACUGAUGAGAAAGCAUUCAGCUGCUCAAUGUGUGAGAAAAGAUUUGCCAAGAAGACAUAUCUGACGAGACACAUAAGAUGUCAUACUGGAGAGAAACCUUACAGCUGCUCAGUGUGUGGUAAAGGUUUCACUGUACGUGGAAACCGGGAGAUGCACAUGAGAAACCACACAGGAGAGAAACCUUUCAACUGCUCAGUGUGUAGUAAAGGUUUCAAUGGAAGAGGAGACCUGGAGAAACACAUGAGAAUCCACACAGGAGAGAAACCUUUCAGCUGCUCAGUGUGUGGUAAAGUUUUCACUGAAAGAGGACACCUGGAGAGACACAUGAGAAUCCACACAGGAGAGAAACCUUUCAGCUGCUCAGUGUGUGGUAAAGUUUUCACUGAAAGAGGAAACCGGGAGAUGCACAUGAGAAACCACACAGGAGAGAAACCUUUCAGCUGCUCAGUGUGUAGUAAAGGUUUCAAUGGAAGAGGAGCCCUGGAGAGACACAUGAGAAUCCACACAGGAGAGAAACCUUUCAGCUGCUCAGUGUGUGGUAAAGGUUUCACUGAAAGAGGAAACCUGGAGAGACACAUGAAAAUCCACACAGGAGAGAAACCUUUCAGCUGCUCAGUGUGUGGUAAAGGUUUCACUGAAAGAGCAAACCUGGAGAGACACAUGAGAAGCCAAACAGGAGAGAAACCCUUCAGCUGCUCAGUGUGUGGUAAAAGUUUUGUGCACAAAUGUAAUCAUAAGAUUCACAUGAAGACUCAUACAGGACAGAAACCCUUCAGUUGUUCAUUGAACGCAUGAAAACACAUGAAAAAUCACACAGAGGAAAUCUACCCAGGUUGGGCGUUCGUUAAAAAAAGAUUUCUGCUGCAUCAACAGAGAAAACAACAUAAAUGUGCUAGUCGUCAGUCCUCAGAGCUUCAUCAUACUAAACAAAAACAAAAAAACAGGGAAAAGAGAGCAAACCGGUAUAUUGCUGAACUCCACUGGGCAACUUUAAUCGCUAUUCAAGCAACAUUUAUUUGCACAUUAACAUUAUUGUGUUCAUUCUUUUAUGAUUAUUUAGUCUCAUAAUACUUUGUGUGAUACUUGUUCAGGGAUAAUUCAUUAUUUGCGA